AUGGAAAAACCGAUUCCUAAAACGAAACAAAAUCCAAAGUCUCCUAAGAAGACCAAGAAGAACGCAAAGGAACAAGCCCUUGCCAAGGCUGACAACGCAAGUCAACUAUUUGCAAUUUUAAAUGCCAAAACAAGAAAUCCAAAACUCACUAACAACCGCUCUAUCUCUGAUCUUACUACGACAGUAAAGGUCACAAUUAAGAGUAGUGAGAGUAACAAAAUUAAAGUAUUACAUGUAUUGAUUGAGACUAGCUGCUCCAAAACAAUCAUCAAACAAAAUGUCAUUCCAGACUCAAUGUAUAGCAAAAAUCAUGCAGCAAAAGAAACAAUUUGGUGGACCAACACUGGUACUUUUACAACCAAGUCUAAAUGUAACGUCACAUUCUGUAUUCCAGAGUUCACCUCAAGUUGUGAAAUAACCUUCCCAAUGCAUGUGGAUGAAAGUUCAUCCUCUAGCUACGACAUGAUCAUCGGACGUGAUCUACAAAACUCACUAGGCAUUGACAUCCUUUGGUCCAAACAAUCGCUAAUGUGGGACGGAAUCUCAGUUCCCAUGAAAGGUUACACAGAACGUUCUGAUGAAAACGAAGACGAACUUCAAACCAUGUUUGAAGAGAUCAUGGAAAUAGAACAAGAAGAAGAACUAUUUGGCGCGUCUAAACUUCUGGACGCUAAAUACGAAAAAGCAGAUAUUAACGCGGACGUUGAACAAAUGAAUCAUUUAUCAGCGCACAAAAAAACCGCGUUGAAAUGUUUGCUCUACAAAUAUGAAGAAUUAUUUGACGGCACUUUAGGCAAGUGGAACAUUCCGCCAAUUGACUUCAAACCUAAACCAGGAAGUAACCCAUUCCACACAAAACCUAUGCCGAUUCCACUCAUACAUAGAGACACGAUCCGCAAAGAAAUUGAUCGUUUAGUUCGCAUUGGCAUUCUCAAAAAGGACACUUUCAACAAAUGGAGCGCUCCUUCAUUUAUUGUUCCCAAGGCAAACGGACAAUGCCGCCUUGUCACGGACUUUUGA